AUGGACACAACGCUACAUCAAUGCCUCGUUGCUGUAAAGCAUUUUUAUCGUACAGCCUUAUUAGACUAUAAAUUCUCAUUCGGACAAUUAGUAUUCUAUUUAGCUAGUGCAUUGGUUGCAAAGAUAAUCUAUGACAUUGUGUAUAAUUGUUACAUUAGCCCACUCAGUGUCAUCCCUGGACCCAGAUUAUGUGCAAUUAGCAGAUUACCGACUCUCCGACGACGACCGAAAGGGAAUGUGUUUAAAUGGUUUUCUUCCCUGAGCAAACAAUACGGGCCGGUUGUACGUACUGCCCCGAAUAUGGUUUUAUUUACGGACAAAGACGACAUUAAACAGAUCCUCGUAUCCGAUGAUCUCCCAAAAAGCGCUACGAUUGCCGGAAUAAGACCUGAUACAGCAUUCCAAACCCUCUUUACUGCAGAUGACAAGAUAUUCCACAAAGGCAGAAGACGAUUAUUAUCUCCGGCAUUCUCUAGCAAAUACGUCUCUUCGCUCGAGCCUCUCAUGCAUUCAUGCGUCCAAGCUCUCUUGCAAAAGAUACACGAUACAAUCAUCAGCAACGGCUCUGAGAAACCGGCACGGAUAAACAUCUAUCAAUGGGUGCAAGCAACCGCCAUUGAUGUGAUUGGCGAAACCGCAUUCGGAGGAUCGUUCAACAUAUUGGAAAAUGGGGAUCAUCCGUUACCAAAAAAGAUCUUUGAGGAACUUCGAAAUCGUAUAAUCCGUGCAACGUUUCCUUUCCUAAGACCUUUCUUACCACAAGACCCCUACACGGAAGAAUUUAUCACCAAUAUAAUUCGAGAACGAAUUGCUCUAAAUGCAAAAGGAGAACGACCCCAUGACAUUCUUCAAAUGCUCAUUGAUGCUAGAGACGAAAAGACUGGAAAAGGCUUGACCGAAUUCGAAAUGUACGAUCAAGUCAUGGAAUUUGUAAUCGCCGGAAGCGACACUAGUUCGUUCACAGCCAGCAUGUCUUUGGCAUUUCUUCUUCACAGGCCACAGACGCUACGAUCGUUGGUUGCAGAGUUGGAGGAGGCGUUUCCAGACGUCCGCACCAAGGAUCCGUCAAAGCUAUUUGUACCCAAUCACGAAGGUCUUAAAAAUCUCAAACUUCUUAAUGCAGUAAUCAACGAAACCAUGCGCAGAUUCCCGGUUGCUCUCAGUGGGCUUAUCAGGCAGACCACAGUUGAUACGAUGAUUGGCGGAUAUUUGAUUCCCAAAGGUACUGCCGUUAACGCAUACUUUAAUCAAGUUCAAAAUUCUAAAGAACACUGGGGACCUGAUGCUGAGGAAUGGGUACCGGAACGAUGGCUCGAUUCCAACAAUGUGCCGCGUAAUGGUUUCUACGGAUUUGGUGCUGGAUCGCGCAUAUGUAUCGGUCAACAUUUUGCAUGGACUGAAAUGAGAAUGAUAUUGGCUUCUUUGCUGCUGAACUUUGACUUUACCUUAAUACCGAAUCAGAAUUUGGACCUGGUGCACUUUAUCACUCCCUCUUUAAAGACGAAAAAGUUUGAUGUCGAUGUCUGCUUACGAUGA